UGCCCAUCGGUUGGGUGACAGCGUCGUCAAACAAUCGCAGCCGGGAGAUUGCCAAGCCAGGCAUGGAUAUAUCUCGUCGCCAAUGGCAGUGGUAGCACACCGCGGAGAGAGGAAGAGGGACUCCGUGACCACGAGUAUCCAUAACUAGUAUAACUAGUGGAACGUACUUCGUACUCUGGAGAAGAGUGACGUUUCCUUCCAGACAUGUUCCUCGCGCUGCUGUUCAGCUCUGCCCUGGGCCCCAUGUCUCUCUGAUGAUGCACCAUGACCAGCGAAUUGCACUACCCCUUUUAUCGGAAGACAUACGAAGUACUCAAUGUGGGUACAACAGGCGUGUACGCAGUAUAUUCUCCUCCUCCUUCCUUUGCACGUACUGUAGUUAUUUACAGCGAGAAUGGAACAGUUCUUCGCAUGUGCAAGGACUUGUAUCGACGCCGUACAACGGGGACAGGUCAUCAAAAGCAAACCCGCAAGCCACGGCCUCGGUACCCACUACAGAGCACAGUUCCAGGAGAGCUCAAGGCGAUAACUCAAAGGGGGCUUGCUUCUUGUAGUUCCGGCCCCAGUAGCUCCUCCUGGCGGCUUUUGUGAACAGGCUAGCUAUUUUCAUGCUGCUUAUGAGCGCUACAGGCAAGCCAUCGUGCUUUGACGCCGUCCGGUGGUUGCUUUGGUCAUGCCCGCUGUGAGACUGCACGGGAAGGUAAAGCUUUGAAGCCAGAGGUACCUUCAACGACAACCCUCUUCUUGUCAUGAAGCUUCUUGGAGGCAUGUAUAAAUGGAGAAACUGUGAAGAUCUCCCUUGGGGCUUUUUUUAAGCUCUGGGGGUCCUUCAAAAGGGUCCACUGGAAUUUAACUUGCCGAUCUGAUCAACUUACUCACCUCUUUCUUUUUUAUUACAAU